AAUGCUAAGUUUAAGUUUUGAGGAUGCUGCAUUUUUAUUGAGAAUGUUAAAAUAUCAACUUUUGUCACUAUUUAGGAUCGCUAUAAAUUGUUUCUUGUUUUUUAAUUAGCUCUUUUUGUUUGUUUGUUUGUUUGUUUUUUUUUGUAAAGCGAUUGUAAGAAUAACAGAGAAAAAUUGCGCACUGUUUAUUGUUUUUAUUUUAUUUUAGCACUAUUUAUCAAGUUGGACCCUGGUGCGAAUUUGGGUACACUCAUCCUGGGGAACAACAACGUUCAUCAGGAAUACCGUGGGAGAGUCGCCCUGAGUUGUCGGAUGGGCCUCUUCGUUGGUGUCAAGAGUAUAUAAAAUUGCGGGCUGAUGGCCCUGUUUAUUGGCGGGGUUACUGGAUGCCGGUUGACGUCCGCCAUCCAUCCGAAUUCUUUGUGAAGAAGGGUCAGAGAAUGGUAGAGAAGUCAGGAGUUGAAUCUUCUGUGUGCAGGAUUUCUCAGUUGACCAAGUGUAUGGAAGGGUUGGAGUGGCAGCCCAUUGUUAAAACAUUGGUUUUGAUCAGGGUGGAACGUUUCACGUUCAUGGAGGAUGGUCCGACCAUUAAAGUAACUUGGGCACUACGAUCUCGUGUGGACAACCUUCUUUUGUGGAGUCCAAAGUAUUGUAACACUUGCAAAAACGUAUCGUGUUACAAAAGGAGGCAAAAUUUAAGGAGACGACGUACCUAA